AUGUUGAUAGGAAGAUAUUGGCAAAAAUUAUUUUUCUGGCGUUUAUCGUCUAUUGCGGGCAAUUUACUUUCUCGCCAUCAGCACUGUUCAGUUCAGGGAAGAAGCACUUUUUCAGCGGUGUUAGCUGUCCGGGAGGCCCUGGAGCGGUGCAGGGCUGCAGGCUUGGGAAAGUUCCUGCUGGCAUUGGAUCAGGCCAAAGCUUUUGAUCGAGUCAAUCAUGAGCACCUAUGGCUGAUUCUUGGCAAGUAUGGCCUGGAGGGGGGCUUUAUCGAUUGGCUAAAGACUUUAUACAGAGGGGCUGAAAGCUUCAUGCUUGUGAAUGGUUGGAUUGGACGGCCCUUUGAGGUUGGCUCAGGUGUGCGUCAGGGGUGUCCUUUGAGUCCUCUGCUAUAUGCGUUUUGUAAUCGAUCCCUUCAUUCGGAGGUUAGAGAGCGGACCGUGUGUGGAGUUCCUUUGGCAUUCCUGGGGGGCCCGCUCUGA